UGGUAAAACAAAAGAUGUAAAUAGUCGACUCAAAUUCGUUACCAAAAAGGGUACAUCUAGUGGAUCUUUCGCUGCUAAAUAAGCGCUUCGAGCGUCAGAUAUCUAAGGUCUUUUUAAUCUAAAAUAUUUCUGAUACGACGUUCCGAAUUAAUAAUCAGGAAAAAAAACACGUGGCUAUCAAAACAAACGUUAAUCACACAAUUAUCUACAAAUGCGCGUAUUCACAGUUUUGUACAAAAAAUGAAAUACAUAAAUUUAAUUCAUAUAAAUAAGUGGCAAAAGCUUCAGGUCGCACAGUGAUUUGGUUGGGUAAACUGGCAAUUUCGAGAUGAAUUUCUUUGUUGUUCUUUUAGGCCUUGUGUGCGCCUUAGCAUACGGCGCGCCAUACGUAGAAUAUGAAGAUUAUCCUCAAGCGGCUUACAUACUAUAUUCCGUACUAUCCGACGAUACCAGGGUAGUAAAUGGUGAACCUGCUGUCAGAGAUCAAAUCCCCUACCAGCUUUCCCUACGGUGGGCUAAUGUUUCGGGAUCACCCUCACACCUCUGCGGUGGUACUCUCGUUACUCCGUCGAUGGUUCUCACGGCUGCCCAUUGUAUGUUAUUCGACUAUGGUACGUAUGAUGUCGUUGCUGGACUCCUGGAUCGGACAGAAAACACGUCAUCCACUCAAAGGCGAGAUAUUGAAACGCGUAUCCUUCACGAAAACUGGCCUGGCGGUAAUGUCGUAUCCCGAUAUGACAUUGCCCUGUUAAAAGUAACGUCACCCUUCGUCUUAACCCAUUCCGUCCAACUUAUUCGUCUUCCUUGUCAAAAUGCCAUUCCUUCUGGUUCCGUCGUCCUUUCUGGUUGGGGAUAUACGUCAAGUUUAGAUGACGAACUUCCAAACAUCCUGCAGUACGUCGAAGUAGACAUCAUAUCAAACGAACAAUGUGCUGACGAUUUGAUCACUGCGUCGGGAAGUGCCGAUCCUUUGGACGAUACCAUGAUUUGUACGAAUGGUCACCAAAAUAUAUCGAGCUGCGGUGGUGACUCUGGAAGUCCAUUGGUACAAAAUGGUAUCCAAGUGGGUAUUGUUUCUUGGGGUAUCGUACCAUGUGGCGUCACCGUUGGUUCUACAGUCUACACAAGAGUUUCAAACUAUACCGACUGGAUUAAGUCUAAAUUAUAAAAUGAAGAUGCACCCCUUUGUUUAAGUACACAAACUUAUACAUAAAACAAUCAUUCAAUAAAAUACUUUUGCUAAUAAAGAACGUGUACUAUUUAAACAUC